AUGAAUUUAAUGCGAAAAUUACGGGGAGCUUCCGGCUCUACAUCUUCUGAAACUUCAGAGAGCCCCAACACUUCAUCACACGUACAGCUUGGGCUAAUGCACUUAAAGAAGUUGUUUGCAGAAUACACUCAUCCAUCUCAGUCGCUCACUGAAAGCGAAAAAGAUGACAAAUUAUACAACAUGCUACCACUUUUUUGCAAGGUGUUUGGAACCAGUCCUUCAAGUGAAAUGAAUGAAAAAUUUUGGGAUAUUCUAUCAUUUUGUCAACAAGUUUCGAAACUUAUGGUCUCAGAAAUAAGAAAAAGAGCUAGCAAUCAAAGCACUGUUGCUGCAAGUUGCGCUAUCGCAAAGUUUUUAGAAAUAGAGAAUUCAGAGGAAUCUAGUAAUGGAUGGAUGCUACUAUCAACAUUGAAUCUUCUAGCUGCAGGAGAUCAAUCCUUAAUACAGGUGAUGACAACAGCAGCAAUACCAUCAACCUUAGUAAAAUGUCUAUAUUUGUUUUUUGAUCUUCCUGAAAUUCCUGAUGCCGAGGCUGAUAUUCAGGAUGAAAAUAGUGAGUUCACACCUAGAGAGAGAAGAAUCCUUUUACAGAAGAUAUUUGUACAGGUACUUGUGAGGCUAUGCAGCCAUCCAUUUCCAUGCGAAGAACUUGCAAGGAAGGACGAUUUAAGUCUUUUAUUCUCUGCCAUUACUUCUUGGUGUGCACCAUAUAACAUUAUGUGGAGGAAGUCUGCUGCUGAAGUGUUGAUGACAUUAUCUAGACAUGGACUAACACAAUCAGUAGUUCAGUAUAUACAUAACAAAGGCUGUGUAGCACUUUGCAUAGAAAAUAUGCAAAGAAUACCAGAGCUGACUCCAUUGGAGGUUGUGGAGAUGUUUGUAGCAGUAUUCUGCUUUCUAAAGGACUCGAGUGAAGUUAGUCAAUUACUUCUUGAUGAUUUUCGAUCUUGUCAAGGAUAUCUAUUUCUAUCGGAAUUCUUACUCAAGUUGGAAGAGGAACGCGUAAGCGGCACAGAGGCCAAAGCUGCUUUAAGAAAUCUCGUGUUGAUGAUCUCGUCGCUUUGCGCCUGUGGUUUCUCUGAGCUACGUCCAACCCGUGCCAAUACCGAACUAUUCCAAUUACAAGGCUUUGUGUUGCCACAGCCGUCAACGCCCGGUCAAGCUGUUAGGAAUGUGCAAGCUUUUCAGGUUCUACAAUCGGUAUUUAUAAAAUCGACUUCACCGGCACUUUGCUGUACUAUCCUAGAUGCAAUCUCAAGUGUGUAUCAUGCAGAUAAUGCUAACUACUUCAUACUGGAAAAUCAAAAUACCCUAAGCCAAUUCUCAGAAAAAAUUUACACGAAAAAUGCCGAAAUACAAGAGAAGUUCUUUGAACUGUUGGAGUUCAUAGUUUUUCAAUUGAACUUUGUUCCAUGUAAAGAGUUGAUAUCCUUAUCUUUAUUGUUGAAAGCAAAUAAAUCGAGGAGCUGUAGCAUAUUGUGUAUGAAAACUUUGCUAAAUAUUUUAAAGCACAAUACAAUUUUCAAAGAUGUGUACCGAGAGGUGGGGAUGCUAGAAGUCUUUGUUACCUGUCUGUCCCGUUACGCUGCUUUUCUUAAAGAUAAGCAAAUACUCGAAGAAGAGAAAAAUAAAAAGGAUGUGGUAGAGAACACCCCGAAUGAAUCUCCCGUAGCGCCCGAGAGAAGAAAAAGAUUGUCCUCUAAACAGGAUUCUUUGAUUAAAGACCCAAAUUCUGAUGCAGAGGAGGAAGAAUUGGGAGCUUUAGUAAUGGAAGGACUGACAGCGCUAUUAAAUGGGAAUACAAAUAACUGUAACGUGUUUAGAGAUUGCGGCGGUGCUAAAUGUGUUCAUGGUAUGGUGGUUCAUGAAUCUUGUAGAAGUAAGGCUUUAGGUGUAAUAAGGGAGCUAAUUGUGAGUGGAUCAGGCGAAGAGGACAUGUCUGCACUACUGUGCGGAAUGCACGCAGCACCAAAUGAUGCGCUGCUACUCAAACUUCAUAUUUUAAAAGUGCUACUCACGUGCCUCCGUGAUUCGCACCGAACGAGAACAAUUUUUAGAAAGGUUAGCGGUUUUGUCUACGUCACGAGCGUUCUCGCGUCUCUUGAGGGUAAACUCAAAAGCGACGAGUUUAUGGAUCGAGAUAUGUUGCAGUUAAUACAUAUUGUCUUUUAUACUAUCAGUACAGCAAUGAGGUUCGAGCCAGCCAAUGCUAAAUUUUUCCAUCACGAGAUAUGUAUGACUACAUUAAGUGAAACCAUACGACGGUUGGGAUGCUUCACAAAUGAUACUGAAUUAUUGCAUGACACCGAAAGUGGUGAUCCAGAGUUGUAUGAGGUAUUUCACGAGAUUUUUACGGGAAACAUACUAGAAAUGACUAACCCUGAGAAAGUGCCAGUUGUUUUUGUGCAUGCUUGUAUAGUGUUGAGGUUAUUGUAUGAUGUUGCAUUGGACUCAUUUGACAAGCCCACAUUUUGUGGAUCUCUAAAUGUGAAAUCACCAAGUUUGACCAGACAAAGUUCUGCUAUAAAUGAGACAAAGCCAGCGGGACGUGCGGCUCCAUUAAAUCUUUCUGUAGGCAGUCCAUCGGGGGAAGCUUGGGUGGUACAUUCGGGUGUCGUCAUAGUCCUCGCUAAGUUGCUACCGGCAUUACCGCGUCCGCAUGAGCAUGAAAACUACGCUAGAGCUAUACGUGAUUAUCUUGCUCAUGUGCUCAAGAGUCUAGUUAGAAGCGAGCGCAACCAGCAGGUGAUGUGCGGCGCGGGGCUGGCGGGCACGGCGCUGCGCGUUUGCGGCGCGGCGCUGCGGGCCGAGCGGCACGCGCUGCACGCGCCCGCCAUGUACAUGCUGGAGCGCCUCGCCGCGCACGCGCUGCGCCCCAUCGAGCUGCGCGAAUUCUUGCGAAUGGGCAACCCUUUGAACUGUCUUGCUCCAGAGCCUGGACAAGUCUGUAAACCAGGCGGACCAGUUCCACUCACUAGAAUUAAGACACUCGUAUCUAUGACUACUCCAAGAGAUUACAGAUCGCAAAACUCGUGCACAUUGCCACCAUUCGUAGAAUUUGACAUGUCGGCAGAGGGCUUUGGCUGUCUCUACUUACCAAGUAUAGCUCCGCAAUCUGCCAACCUGAAUGCUCUUGGAACUCAAGAUACUACAACAUUAGGUGGCAUUGGAUCUGGCGAUAGGGUGUUCCCUCCUCAAACGGGUCUAUCAUACUCGACGUGGAUAUGUGUGGAAAAGUAUUCAGAUCCGCGCACUGACCCCCACUGCGUACGUCUGCUGACGCUCGUCCGGAACAUAAACAACAGCCGAGACGAGCAUCUUGUCUGCCUCACCGUUGUGCUUUCCGCCAGAGAUAAAGCCAUCAUCGUGUCUACGCAGGAAACUCUCGUACCUCAUAAUGUAGGAGAAUGGGAACCAGAAGGUUCUGGGGAGUGUGGAGCGCGAGUUUGGUGUCCGGAUCUACAGCACGAGGGGCAGUGGCAUCACCUAGUGCUCGUGCUUAACCGAGCAGUACUAAAGAACUCUUCAUUUUCGCUAUAUUUAGACGGUCAACAUAUGCAUUCUGGCAAACUACACUACGUCAGCGCAAACCCGGGCGGAGGCGCAGCAACGCUUUCGGGUGCUUCCAGCGUGUACUGCGUACUAGGAACGCCGCCUCAAUGGCGACGAUACUCUCGUCUGCUGUGGCGCCAAGGGCCGGCAUUACUGCUAGAGGAAGUUCUGUCAGCACAAACUGUGUCAAUAAUCUACCAACUGGGUCCACACUAUGUAGGCACUCUACAAGCGCCUUUACCACCGGGACAAAAUCAGGAACCACUUCCGCCAUUGGUUGCUGAAGAGAAAGUUGUGUUCGGUAUCAACGCUCGCGCCAUGUCACAGCUCACUUUAGCGAAGAUACGUAAAGUGUACAGUAAAAAUGACAAUAAGGCAAUAGCAAAGCAGCUAGGGAUGUCUUCUCAUGAGAAUGCAACUCCUAUCAGGGUCCUGCAUAACUCGGCCGGUCACCUCAUGGGACCGGCCAGAUGCUUAGGUGGUACAGUUGUGGGUUACUUGGGCGUGAGGGUUUUCUGUCCUAAACCUGCAGCGAUUAUGAUUGAUACUGUCGGCGGUUGUUCAGUAUUACUCGGCUUAAUAGCAAUGGCACAAGACGUGGAGUGCUUAUACGCCGGCGUUAAAGCUCUCGUGUGCGUAAUUCGCUCUAACAAAGCGGCGCAAGCGGAGAUGGACCGACGGAAAGGAUACCAAACACUCGCCAUGUUGUUGAAAAGGAAGAAACAGUUGCUCAACUCUCAUAUAUUGCAUUUAAUAUUCGGAUUAGUUGGCACUGUCGACAGUCAGAAGGAAACUUCUUCUAUUCCCAAUUUGACUGCAUUUCAGGACUUGAUUUGUGAAUUGGAAGUCUGGCUUGGAGCUCCAGGCGGACUUAUAAAGUCUCUACUCGAGCACUUGUUAGAGCUCGCGACUGAAACCGCUCACAGAACGCACAACCUACGCACAAUGCGGGAGCUUCAGCUGGUCUCCAAGCUCCUAUAUAUUAUUAACGAUGUUAAAGUCAUCAGCACAAAAAACGUACUCAUACAACUAUUGGCGGCACUUUUAGGGGGUCAGCCGCGACCCAGUGAUUUAUUAUGUCUCGGACAGUUCAUGGCGUACACAUUACCAUUACCGUCGCAGACUGAGAAAGGAUUGAAUCUGAAAGAGAGCGACAAUGAGAAGGAAUGCGAAGGGGAACAAGUCAUUCUGCGUAAUAAAUGCUUUAAUGUACUACACGGAUUGCUGUUCACAGCACGGAACCUCGUGAACACUAUCGUCUGCGAGGAGAUAUCGCGCGUGCUAGGAAUGGAUUGGCUGUUGAGUUUCAUGCAAGAGAACGUCCAUUCGUCGACGGUUUUGUGGGCAUUAAGAAUACUUGUUAUACUUUGUUCUGGUCAGGGGCAACCAUCUGCUAUAAUGCAAAGGUUCCGCGAGGGCUCGGGCAACGGCGGCUGGCUGCGGCACACGGAGAUGAUCGCGGGCACGCAGCAGGCGGGCGUGGUGCUGCCGGCCGCCGUGCACUCGCUCGCGCACCUGCACGCCGCGCUGCUGCACACCGACGGCUUCACGCUGCUCACGUGGCUGGUGCUGUCGCACCUGGAGAUCCCGGAGCUGUACUACCUGCUGUUCGGGCUGGUGCUGGGGCAGCCGAUGCGCGGCGCGGGCGCGGAGCGCGGCGUGUGCGUGGAGCGCGUGUGGGCGGCGGCGUGGGGCGCGGCCGCGCCGCAGCGCCAGUCGGCGGCCGCGCUCGGCGCGCGCAUCUCGCUGGCCGCCGAGCCCGUCGUCACGCUGCUGGCGGCCGUGCGCGCGCUCGUGCACCCACACGUGCACACGCACGCCGCCGCGCACACGCACGCCGCCGCGCACACGCCGCCCACGCCGCCCGACUGGCUCGCUGACCACCCAGUCGCCAUUGUGCAGGUGUUGUUUUCGCUGUACAAUACGUUACCAGACUUCGUCAGUAUAAUGAUGACUGCCGAAGUACUUACCGCAUUAGCGUCAAUACUCUUCCCACCUAACACCGCAGACGAUAUACAUAUGCCUAUAUGCGAGAGCGGCGACAGUUCGGGCGCGUCCACGCCGGGCUCGGAAAAAGAAGUUGUGAUAGUGAGUGGAGGCGCGCUCACUACGCACCCGGUACGCGCUGGCGUCAUGGACUUCCUCAAAGUCAUUGUGCUGGACUCCUUGUCGCUCACUGUCACCGGCAAGACCUCGCCGGUGAUCGACCUGGUUUUAGACGCCUCACCUCCCAAUUCCACCAGUGAGCAGCAAAUCGAAUACCAGACAGAAGUGUUGACGACUCUAAUGGAGAAUCUAUUAAACACGGAACUUUUCGGAUCUGAGUCUAAUAUUUCCAACGUCUGCUACUUAGCGGCCAGGCUGGUAGAUAAACUGUGGCAAGGUCAGCUGUCUAGAGAUCCUCACGAGGUAUUCGACUUCAUUGUGAAGUUGGUAACUCAAGCAAAGAAAAAGUCGUCGGUGAUAUCUUUGGAGGGCUUACACCACUGUCUCAAUAGAACUAUACUGUACCUACUGUCCCGCUCCACCGACUCAAUAGCUGACCAGAUGUCCGUGCUUGAAGCCUUGCACAAACUUACUACGAAUAGAUUAUUAAUAUUCGGCGCUGGUAAUCACGAACUAGAAUUUAUUGGUUGUCUUACGUACUGUCUACUUCAGUUGAGCGCUAACAUGAAGAUCGUUUUAGACUCGCACAUGCGAACUACGUGGCACGUCAAUCCCAGUGGGGAUUUAGAGUCGAGAGAUGACAGACUGACCACUCAUCAAGGUCGCAACCUGAUGGCGGGCGCGGCGCGGCGCGUGUGGGAGGAGCUGUACGCGUGCAAGAAGCCGGCCAUCGAGGAGGUGUUCAAGGUGACGCUGAGCGCGCCCGCCGCGCACGCGCGCGCGCCCGACCUGCCCGCCGCGCGCGACCAGCUCGCCGCGCCCGCGCACCGCCUCUGGCUCAACUACAUCGACACCGAGCGCAAGGCCGUUUACCGAGUUCCAUGGGAGCUCCAUAAUCAAAUUCAAUCUAAGAUACAAAAGGUGACCGGUGGACUUACACGAUUGGCGUCCAGGACUAAAGUCAAGAAAGAGGACUCUGCCAAACAGCGAUCACAUCCACCCCGAGAACACGCACUCGCAUAUAUGCAGGAUCAUGUGCAAUUGGUUAGGUUAGCGUGGUGCGUGCAGCUGCAGGCGGCGGCCAACACGAGCGCGCACACGUCGCGCUACGUGCAGGCGGAGUGGGCGGGCGCGUGGCGCGAGCUGACGCGCGAGCGCGGCCUGUGGGGCCCGCCGCGCGCCUCGCCGCUCGACAAGUGGGCGCUCGACUGCACCGAGGGCCCCUGCCGCAUGCGCAAGAUGCUGCGCCGCAACCACCACUUCUACCUGCACUACCCCUACCGCCCGGAUCUGCAGCACCCGGAUAACAAACAAUUGAAGUACAAGGUCGCCCAAAGCCUGGACAGUAAAGAAUAUUACAGAGUAUAUCAGCAAUGGCGCACCGCAGGGAAUAGUUUGGGUGAAACAGAUAGCAUUGAAACAUCAGAUAUAGAUAUGUACAAAGAAGAAAUUACGAAUAAUAGGGAUGCUUCCCUCGAUGCUAUCAAUGAAGAAGGUUCACCUUCCGAUCUAGUCAGCAGUGGCGUUGUCAGUCGUGGCAACAAUCAAACUUCCAGCGAAGCGAAUGAGGAUGGUCCAGAUGUUGAGGAUGAAGACGAACAGCAAUCGCCGCCACCUGAUAAUCAGACAUUACUUAGAUUAUUAGAGCACCAUGAAAAGAUUACACAUAUGUUCAGAUGUGCACGGAUACAAGGUCUGGAUACUACCGAAGGACUAUUGUUAUUUGGACGCGAACAUUGCUAUGUUAUAGAUGGAUUCACUAUACUAAAGAACAGAGAGAUUCGAGACUUGGACAGCUGUCCGAAUGAUUAUGAACCAAUCCUCCCUAGUCAAGGUAUUCAGAGGAGUAAUCAAAGACAGUGUUCGAAAUUUUUGUACGAGGACAUAAGAGAAGUCCACAAAAGGCGAUAUUUAUUGCAACCUAUAGCAUUAGAAGUGUUCUCCAGUGACGGUCGAAACUAUUUGCUUGCGUUUCCUAGGAAAAUUCGGAACAAGGUGUACAGCCGGUUCACGGCGCUGGCGACGGGCAUGGCGGACAGCGCGGCCGGCUCGGUGGCGGGGCAGAAGCGCGGCGUGGCCGUGGAGCAGCCCGCCGGCCUGCUCGCCUCGCUCAUCGGCGACACCUCCGUCACGCAGCGCUGGCUCAGGGGCGAAAUUUCAAACUUCCAAUACUUAAUGCACCUGAACACCUUAGCUGGGAGGUCGUACAAUGAUUUGAUGCAGUACCCGGUAUUUCCUUGGAUUCUAGCCGAUUACGACUCCUUAGAACUAGAUCUGACAGAUCCAGCGACGUUCCGAGAUUUGAGUAAACCUAUGGGUGCACAAAGUCCUGAAAGAUUGGAACAGUUUAGAAAAAGAUAUAAGGAAUGGGACGACCCGCAUGGCGAGACCCCGCCAUACCACUACGGCACGCACUACUCCUCUGCCAUGAUCGUGUGCUCGUACCUCGUUCGCAUGGAGCCCUUCACGCAGCAUUUCCUCAGGCUGCAGGGCGGACACUUCGACCUGGCUGACAGAAUGUUUCAUUCCAUAAAAGAGGCGUGGAAUUCAGCAUCACGUCACAACAUGGCAGACGUCAAGGAAUUAAUUCCAGAAUUUUUCUACUUGCCAGAGUUUUUGGUUAACUCAAAUAAUUUUGACCUAGGGUGCAAGCAGUCGGGCGUGGCGCUGGGCGACGUGGUGCUGCCGGCGUGGGCGCGCGGCGACCCGCGCGAGUUCAUCCGCGCGCACCGCGCCGCGCUCGAGUGCGACUACGUGUCGCACCGCCUGCACCACUGGAUCGACCUCGUGUUCGGCUACAAGCAGCAGGGCCAGCCCGCCGUCGACGCCUGCAACCUCUUCCACCACCUCUUCUACGAGGGCAACGUUGACAUAUACAAUAUCGAUGACCCAUUGAAGAAAAAUGCUACAAUUGGCUUUAUAAACAAUUUUGGUCAAAUACCAAAGCAGCUUUUUAAGAAAGCACAUCCUAGUAAGAAAAUGUCUCAACGGAGUUCAACAAUUUUGGAUCCAAACAACAUAAUACCAUCACAAGGCAUAACUCCGCCGGAGAAACUAUUCUUCCACAAUUUGGAAAACUUGAGACCAUCAUUGCAGCCUGUCAAAGAAGUAAAAGGUCCUGUUGGCCAAAUCCUUUACACUGAGAAGGCGAUAUUGGCAGUGGAGCAAAACAAAGUUUUAAUGCCCCCGUCAUACAACAAGUAUGUAGCGUGGGGAUUUGCCGACCAUUCUUUGCGAAUUGGCAACUACGAUAACGACAAAGCGGUGUUCGUUUGUGAGACCGUCGCACAGGCUUGUGGGGAGAUUGUCGCCUGCGUUUGUCCCUCAGCCAAAACCAUUGUAACUGCGGGCACGAGUACGGUGGUGACUGUGUGGCAGUACUGGGCGCGGCGGCGGCGGCUCGCGGUCAAGGUGUGCCUGUACGGGCACGAGGAGGCGGUCACGUGCCUGGCCGCCAGCCCCGCGUACAACCUGGUGGUGAGCGGCAGCCGCGACGGGCAGGCCAUCGUGUGGGACGUGGAGCGCGGCGCCUUCGUGCGCCAGCUGCUGCCGCCGCACCGCCUCGCGCCGCCGCCGCCCGUCUCCGCGCUCGCCAUCGACGACCUCACUGGCGACAUCGCGACGUGCAGCGGCAGCUGGGUGCACGCGUGGUCCAUCAACGGCGAGCUGCUGGGCGGCGCCGACAGCGCGUGCGGCCGCGAGCGCGCGCACCAGCUGCUGUGCGUCGCCUUCAGCCAGGCGCGCGAGUGGGACCCGCUCAACGUCAUCGUCACCGGCUCCAGCGACGGCGUCGUUAGGAUGUGGUCAAUUGACUAUGUGGCUGAAACAGUUGACGACGGAGAAAGUCAAAGCGGGGAAGUCAGUGUUGAUCCGAACACGAAUUCAACAGAUAAUGAGAUAAAGAAAGAUGAGCAAAAACUGAGCGGUCUGGAAAGUGAUGUAUUUACAACUGAAAUUGAAGUGAAGUCUGAUGGAGAAGCUAAGACUGAUGACAUUGAAUCAAAUGAAAGGGAGGCUGCUAUUAAACGAGUGGAGGAGUUAGUUAAGCAGAUGAGUCUUUCGCAGGAGAACGAAGGUAAUCUCACAAAAUCAGGGUCUGAAAGCUCACUUUCGGACGCUUGUGAAACUACCAGUGCCAAAGAAUCGGCUCGGAGACAUGAAGAAAAGGAUACUUGCAGCGAUAAUGACGAACCUCAAUGCUAUCCCGAACAGAAGCAAGACGCCGAUUCUUGCGAGGAAACCAAAGAAGACUAUGAUAAUGAGAAGGACAUAGAUGAAGAGAAGGAAAGUCUUACUCACCGCAGCAAGUUACAAAAGCAAGACAACAUUGUAUUGCGACGGAAAUCAAAGGGGGAUCCACUAUACCGAAAAAGUGGCGGCAGCAUCGGCGAGUCGAGCGAGUCGGGGUCGGUGGAGGCGUGCGGCGGCGCGGAGGGGGGCGAGGGGGGCGAGGCGGGCGAGGCGGUGCUGCGCACCAGCAAGUCCGACACCAGCCUCAGCGACUCCUUCGUGCUGCUGUCCGCGCCCGCCUCGCCCGCGCCGCCCGCGCCGCACGCCGCACCCGCCGCAUCCGCCUCACCCGCCUCUCCCGCCUCACUCGCCGCAGACGCAGAGCGGUGCGUGCGGUGGGCGCGGCGGUUGGUGCUGCGCGGCAAGCUGACCAUGCACACGGCGUACGAGCGGCGCGACAACGCGUGCCCCGCCGCCGUCACCGCCGUGGCCGCCGCGCGCUCCGGCCGCGGCCUGGCCGUCGGCGACGCGCGCGGCCGGAUCUUUCGUUGGUCGGCACCUGAUAUGUCAACUGCAUCAGGCGCCAAAGGCGGUCCCGCUGACCAUUGGAUACGCGAUGACACCGCACCAUUUUGCACGCAAUGUCAGGUGCGGUUCACGGCGCUGGAGCGGCGGCACCACUGCCGCGAGUGCGGCGCCGUGUUCUGCGGCCGCUGCUCGCGCUACGAGGCGCCCGUGCGCCGCCUGCGCGCGCUGCGCCCCGUGCGCGUGUGCCAGCGCUGCCACGACAACAUACACGCGCGCCGCGACUAG